AUGAACAUAAGAUCGAAAGCGCUUUCCACUCUUCUCGUACUCAGCUCCCAAAUACGGUUGAGCAUGUCCUGGCGUUCCAGUGGAAAUUCCAAUGCCGAGCUUGUAACUAACAUGAAAAGUACGUUUCUUAGCCCUUUCAGCUUUUUAUUCUACGCAGUUUUGCUUUUUUUUUCAUAUCCAUCUCUUAAUGUCCGAGUUUUCGACCUUUUCUGUUCUGGAAACGGAAAAGAGAUGAUUUACAAUAUUAUUUUUUUUUUCUUCAGAAAAUGGCCUUUUUUCAUCGAACCGAGUUGGAGAGGCCAUGUUAGCUGUGGAUCGCGGCGAUUUCACAAAUAACAAUCCUUAUGAAGACCGACCGCAAACUAUUGGUUUCAACGCUACCAUCUCUGCUCCUCACAUGGUUUAUUUCCAAUCAAAAUCAGAUUUUCAAACUUCUAUAAUACAUUUUCAAUUUGGAUAGAAAAUACAAAGUUUUAGCUUUGUAAAAAAAUUUCAGCGUGUUUCUUUUGCCUGAACUUCAUAAAAAGAAAAAAAAAUUGCUGAGCGGAUUAUUUCCACCGAUAAAAAAUGAAGAUCGAAAUUUAUCAAAACCUUGUAAAAAUCGCAAAGGUUUCUAUUUUCUAUCUGUGUGACGUCGAAAAAUCUCAGAUUUUUUUUUACAAUCAAUUUUUGUAUUCUGUUAGCGUUUCAUACGCUUUAAAAAAGUUAAUUUUUAUUAUUUAGUAUGAAAGGUCGUCAAACUUUAUGUAUAUCGCUUCUGGAUGUUGCAGAUGGAAGUUUUAUGUAAUAUUUCAAUGCAAAAGUGUUACUAUAUUGGAGAAUGUUUGGCUGGAAACAUUCGAGAAAGAAAUGUUUGAUCUUCUUUUUGUAGCACGCGGCCGCUCUGGAGGCCCUGAAAGAUCAUUUUGUUGCCGGGGCGAACGCCUUGGACGUCGGCUCCGGAUCGGGAUUCCUGGCUGCGUGCAUGGCUCAGAUGGUCCCUCAAGUUUGUCUCCCUAACGAAUGCGGCAAACUUCAAGGUCGGCCCUAAUAGAACAGUUGUCGGAAUCGAGCACAUUCCUCAGCUCGUCGAAAUGAGCAAGAAAAACGUGGCGAAGCACCACAGAAACCUUCUCGAAAAUCAAAAUCUCAUUCUUGUAGAGGUGAAGACAAGAGGUGUACUGAGCAAUAUAGAGUGAUUCAGGGGGAUGGACGUCUCGGAUAUCCAAGCAAAGCUCCAUAUAUGGCCAUACACGUGGGCGCCGCCGCUAAAGAGAUUCCGCCACAGGUUAAUGAUCAAAUAGUUCUAUUUAAAUGUCCGAGAGGUGAAUCUUCUGCAAAUCUCUCGAUUUUAAAUAAUAAAGAAACAAUUUUGUUUGGAUUGAAAUCGAAAUGAAGAAAGAAGGAAGCCCGCUCCAUUUGACAGAUGCUAUGAUGAAGAUCGUUAAAUCUUUUUAUGAAAAGAGAAAAUGGGUGGUUUUUAUUUUUCAAAGAAACAGUGUAGAAUAUUUAUUGAUUAAAAACUUUUUCAUUUCUGAGAAGGAUGCCAUUUCCUUAGAAUGUAAAAAAGGGGGAAAAAUUUUUUUCUAUUUUUAAAUAGGUUUCCCUUGCCAAAAAACCAAUCGUCGUAAAUAUUUCUUUCAAUGUCGACGUUUAACUUCUUGGGUUUAAAUAUGAGGAGAAGCUUAAAAAUUAUUUGAAGUUUAGUUUGAAAUAAGAUGGUAGGAAGGAAUUUUGGGUUCCCGAAUAUUCGUGUUAAUUGUGCAUACACCGAUCUUGGAGGCUCGAAUCUUUGAAAAUUUGAAUCUUUGCAAACGAUAUUUGGGAAUAUUCACCUCUUUUCUGAUUUUUUAUAAUUUUUCCAAUGUUUUUGUUAACAGAAGAUGAUGGAGAAUAUAUACAGAGUGAAUGAAAAUGUGGAAGCCGUUCUGCAGCGAAUAUUUGACUACUUGUAUGCGAGAAAGACGCAUUAUUUGAUAAAAAGUUAGUUGAAAAAAAUCAUACAGUGUUCAUUUGUGGUCGAAACACGACAUCCUCACAAUAGAACGACAAAGGAAAAAAAUGUAGGAAAAAAAGAAGGAAAUUCAAAAAAGAGGGGAAUAUUCCCAAGAAUCGUUUGCAAAGAUUCAAAUUUUCAAAUAUUCAAGCCUCCAAGAUUCGUGUAUGCACAAUUAACGCUCACGAACAUUCGGGAACCCAAAAUUCCUUCCUACCAUCUGAAAUAACUUUAAAUCGUGUACAUCAAAUCUGAAAAAUAUUUAUAAAUUUAAAAAAUUUCAGCUCAUCGAGCAGCUAGCCGAAGGUGGUCGAAUGGUGAUUCCAGUUGAAAAGUCGGUCGGCGAACAGGUUUUCCAGUUCAGAAAAAGUCUUUUUUUCUAGUUGAUAUUUAGUAUUUUCUGCAAGUGGAAAAGGUGAAUGGUCAAGUGCGUCAGAAGGCCAUCGAAAGUGUCAUUUAUGUCCCUCUCACAAGCCGAGAAAAACAACUCGGAAUUGAAUGA